AUGUCUUCAAACACACAAUUCGAUUUACCGGGAUUCACCAAGCCCCUGGACUAUAUGCCACCUCAACUUCAAGAAUACGCCUCUCGACCAUUUCCUAAUGCCUUGUGUGAUUAUUUCGGUUAUAGCCAUUCAUUCCAAGCUCUCUAUACGCAUAGAGAGAUUGUAAUGGUUCAGAUUAUGAAUUCUAUUACCGAAAAGCCUGAAUGGGAUCGAAAAGUCUUCAAUGAGGAGAUUACUUCCAAAUGGCGUCGAGAGAUCUCUCAAAGUGGCCAGGACGUGACUGAACUUAUGAUGGACUGGAUCAUCAAAGAGCUCCAAUGCAAGGCUGAAGAGUUACAGAAAGAAGGACUCGUUUGUGCAUUCGACAUUGGUGUAGUGAAAUCAGACACCGCUGUGCCCGAGCAAUUGAAACAGCUCCUGAAGGAAGCAGCUGCUCCUCUGGAGAAUGUUCCCGAAGAGCAAAAGGAUUAUCAUCCCGGUACUGACAAGCAAGUUGUUGAUCUUGUGCACCAGUCAUUAUUCCCGGUUGUUUACGGCAGGACACACAUCCUUCGCGACAAAAAGAUUGGCUUGGAUGACUGCCUAAACAGUAUGGGCCAGGGAGAGUUGCUUCCAAUCUCUUCCAUCGCUUCAGACAGAUCAUUGAGCAAAAAUUUCCAAUGGCUUCCCUGUGAUGUGAAGUUCCUUGAAGAUGACGAAGGGUGUCAGAUCACUUCAUAUAUCAACAAUGUUCAUCCUGUCAAACACCGGCCAUUGUAUGAAGCUGUCGAGAAAAUCAUUUCUCGGACCAUACCUCUCUGGAAUAAAAGUUUGACAUUAUGCUCGGACUCCUGGCACCCAAGAAUUAAGUACGACUUUGUGGAAUACCUGGAUCAUCCCGAUGGGCCUGAACCAGUUGCGCAAGAGGGCGAGGAUGAAGACAGCGAUGAGUUCCACGACCGUCGUAUGCAAUGGGAACGUAAUUGUCCAAUCAAACAACCGGAGCCAGAUCUGGGAGAUUUUGAGUAUCCGCACGUUCCAUGGAAGAAUAUCAAUCUCCGAGAUCAGUAUCGAGAGAAUGGACUUCAGGUGAUUGUGAAGAUGGCAAACAUCGAACUUACUCCUGAAGCCCCCGAAUACAAAGGUGGAAGCUGGCACAUUGAAGGGCAAUUAAAUGAACGCAUCUGCGCCACAGCCCUCUAUUACUACGACAGCGAAAAUAUCACAGAAAGCGUACUUCGCUUCCGCCAUCGAGCAGACCACGAAGCCGCAAACGAAAUCUCAUAUGAACAGCAGCGUCACGAAUUCAUCCACCAAGUGUUUGGCUUUCCCCAGUUUGAGUGGAUCGAUCAGCUGGAAACGAUAACCCAAGAUCUCGGUGGCGUCGUGUGUAAGGAAGACCGUCUUCUUACAUUCCCCAACAUUGUCCAGCAUUGCGUGGCGCCGUUCUCGCUGGCAGACCGAUCAAAGCCCGGCCAUCGCAAGAUUCUCGCCUUGUUCCUUGUCGAUCCUCACAUGCGAAUCAUAUCGUCCGCUCAUGUGCCUCCGCAGCAGAAGGACUGGGGCAUUGAACGAGAGCAGCUCAUUGGGGGACUUUUAUCGAGAAAUCUUCCCGUCGAGUUGCAAGAGAUGGUUCGUGAUGGCUUGGACAGCCCGCUUAUGAGUUUGGAUGAGGCCAAGGCACACAGACUUAAGCUGAUGGAGGAGAGAAGCAUUCAAUCGAAGGAGAACAAUGAAACCUUUGAGAUGGGUGACUUUUCGCUGUGCGAACACUGA